ACAACACACACCACAGACGUCUUGAAGCAUUUGACCAAGUCCACACCACCCAUCGGACUGCAAUUCACCCAGCAUGGCGCGUGCUGCACCGUCCCGCGCGGCGAGCGCAAAGCCCCUUGCGGCUUCAGAAAAUAAAGAGAACAAAGUCAAUGGCACAGCUGGCACCCGCCCCAGUCGCGCAAAGACAACAGAGCCUGCGCACGUGACAAACGGCACCGCUGUGAACGGCGCCGCUGCAGAUGCUCCCACAAAAUCGGCUGGACGCGCCCGCGCAUCAAAGACAGUAACGCCCGCGCCCGCGCCCGCGAAGAAGAUGGCCAAGCGCAAGAAGGCCGAGGAGAGCGACAUUGAGGAGGAAGGCGCAGAGCCCGAGGCGAAGAAGCCCAGGAGUGCAAAGGCCGCCGUCGAGCCCUCGAAGCCCGCUCCCCGCGGCCCCCGACGAGUGCGCGGCAACAAGACGGAGAUCAACGCGAUCCGCUACACCGAGCCGCUGAAGGUUUUCGUCUUCGGCGAGGGCAGCUCCGGCGAGCUCGGGUUCGGCGCGACCAAGAAGGCCAUCGACGUCAAGCGCCCGCGCUACAACGAGGCCCUGAGCAACCAGAACGUGGUCCGCGUCGCAGCAGGCGGCAUGCACGUCCUCGCGCUGACCAAGGACAACAAGAUCCUCACCUGGGGCGUCAACGACAGCGGCGCGCUUGGUCGCGACACGUCCAACGCUGACGUCAAGCUGCGCGACGUGGACGCUGAUGAGGACUCGGACUCUGACGACGAGACCGGCGGACUGAACGACGUCGAGGCCACACCGACCGCCGUCUCCGCCGAGUACUUCCCGGAGGACACCGUCUUUGUGGACGUCGCCGCUGGUGACAGCUGCUCGUUUGCGCUCACCACUGAGGGCGCUGUCUACGGCUGGGGCACAUUUCGCAAGAACGAGGGCAUUCUCGGCUUCGAGAAGGGCACCCAUACUGCACGCUUCCCUGUCUACAUCGACGGUGUCACCAAGGUCACGCAGAUCGCCUGCGGAACCAACCACGUCCUCGCCCUCGACAACACACAGCACAUCUACGCCUGGGGCAACGGCCAGCAGAACCAGCUCGGUCGCCGUGUCACCGAGCGCACUCUCACCGAGUCGCUGCAGCCGACUCGUGUCGGUUUCCACGACAGCUCCGUCAAGCGCCCCAGCCAGAAAAUGGUGGGAAUCGCGUGUGGUGAUUACCACGGUUUCGCGCUCGCUGAGGACGGCCAUGUCUGGUCGUGGGGUGUCAACAACUACUGCGAAACAGGUGUCCCUGAGAACGCCGGCGCCGACGAUGCCAGCGUCCUCACUCCCCACGUCGUACACAGCCUCAAGGGCAAGAACAUUGUGUCCAUCGCAGCCGGUACGCAUCACAACAUCGCCAUCUCCAAGGACGGGGAGUGUUUCGUCUGGGGCCGCUGCGACGGCGCGCAGACCGGUCUUCCCAUGGCAACAUUGGAAGCCGAGAACGACGAAGAGAAGGUCCUCAAGAACCACGGCAAGGCCAAGAUUCUCAUCGAGCCCACACCUCUCCCCAACGUCAAGGACGUCGUCACCGGCGCCUGCGGACCCGACCACGCCAUUGUCAUCGACAAGAACGGCAAGGCGUACUCGUGGGGCUUCUCAGCAAACUACCAGACCGGCCAGGGCACCGACGAGGACAUUGAGGAGGCCACACUCAUCGACAACACCGCCGUGCGCGAGACGAAGCUCACCUGGGCCGGCUGCGGUGGCCAGUACUCAGUAUUAGCAGCCAAGAAGGAGUAGGAGACCGAAAAGCGUUUCAUUUCAUCAAAUUGCAAUCCCAUCUACUAGGAUCUACCUCGUCGCGCCUACGGAGGCGUUCAUCCGGCAUAUGAGGCGUUUGGGUGCAUAGCGUGGGGUUCGUCUUGCGGCUCUUUCUUCAAAGACACGUGGUUGAGAAGGCAUCGUGAGCCUGGUCGGCUAUGUGGUGUUGGAUGGCUUGUUAUAGUAAAAUAUCAUCCUGUUCCGUCUUCGAAGCCAUGGCCCUGUUCGAUUGUGAAGAACUCGGGCGCAUCCACCACCCAGGAGCAAUGUGCAAGCAUUCGCCCCUAUCCACUGAAGACAUCGGCGACGACGUUAUUUUCGCACGGGACGGCUGCCCGGGAGGGUUCCAUCUGCACAAUCUCAACCGUCAUCUUGCAAUCAGGAGCACCUCAUGUAGACACAAUCGACUUGACUCGUAUUCGAC